AUGACGCCCGAAAUGCAAUCCUUUUAUACUCCGUCUACCUCUCACAUGUCACGAGCCCCGGCGGCCAUGGACCAUCUCCGUAGUAGAUACUCGUCGACGAGGGGCUCAAGUGCGCCCCGGCGCAACCGUCGGCGCAACCCGUUCCAGCGCAUGUUCGACCGCGUCCGGCUCGAGUACUAUCGCUAUGAAGUCACCUUUGGAGUCUAUGUGUUGACGCCUAACGAAAAGACGGUGGCUAAUACCUUCGUCCUCAUUGCCUUGGCUCUAUUCUUUUGGGCACUUUUAUACCUCCCGUCGUUGCUCUAUAACAAGGCGGGUAGCCUUGUUUGGCUGCUGACGGGCCACAACGGUCAAGAAGCUGGUACUGCACUGGGUAUCCUUGACCAAGAUGGCGAUUUCAUCUCGUCUGCAGCCGAAAGCGCUUUCGCGUGA